AUGAGGCCUACAGUUGCUCAGACUCAAGAGUUCGAUUCUUGGCUCCUAGAUACCUUCGAAUGGCUUAGAUCUCCCACAUUCCAGCAGCAAGGGCACUUCCAACUUGCUCGGAUUCUUUGGGGAAUAUGGAAAACGAGAAACGAAUGCCUCGUUGAGGGGAAAACUCCAGAUGCUGUCCAAACGUUGAACCGGAUCCUCUCAACUGACCCCCCUCCUCAGAACAGCGGUACUCUUGGGCAUGUAGGUGUCAUCCCUACCAGGAACCUGAACCCAGGUAUCGUAGAACCAAACUUCAGAUCUCCAGCAAGUGGCAUAAAGGUUAACACCGAUGCAACUUUCUCACUAGACUCUAAAAGAGGGGCUAUUGGACUCAUCUUCAAGGAUGGAAGGGGUGUCACCCUGUUCACCCACUCCAGAAGUAUCAUUGCUAGCUCUGCCCUGGCUGUAGAGGCUCUUGCGAUUCGCGAGGUUCUUCUUGUUUCCACCAACUUCCAGCUUCAUGAAGUGAGAGUAGAAUCGGACUGUCAAGCCCUCAUCUCCCAAAUCAAGAGCAACAGAUUCGAUUGGGCCAUUGCACCAAUCCUCAAGGACAUACAAGAACUGAAGAUAGCUAUCCCCAGAUGUACCUUUGUGUGGAUCAAGAGAGAGUUCAACACUCAAGCUCACAACCUUGCUUUUCAACGUCUCCACCAGCAGUUUGGGCCCCUCUAG